AUGGCACAGCCGUCGCAUUGCCGUUCAAAGGGGAUUGGGGGGAAGGUGGGGACGGAGGGAAGCGACAGUACGAGCGCUCUGACAGCGAACAAGGUGGGCGCGCUGUUCGUGUUCCUGGGGUCGAGCUUCCUGGGAGUGUUCGUGCCGUACUUCAUUCCCGUGCGACAGAACAUCCUCAAGUUCGACGUGCUCUUCACCACGGGGCUGUUCAUCGGCAUGUCGCUGCUCUACCUCAUGCCGGAAACCGAAGAGCUCUUCGCCGACCUCACCACAAACAUUACGUCCCACCUCUCCACCUCUCUUACUGGUAGUAGUAAACAGACAGACGCUGUCUGGAGUUCCAUCUCCCAGUACCCGCUGGCGUACCUGGUGGUGGUGAUGGGCGUCUUCCUCACGUGGCUCUGUGACCUCAUUGUCAAGACCGAAUCCGAUCCAACGGUGGUUGCUGUCCUCGGCGUGGGCCAAAAGGCCGCCACAGAGGGCGACACUGAAGGCGGCAGCGGCAGCACGCCAGCAGACUACAACGUGCUGAGCUUCGUGGACGUGGCGCUCAUCCUCUUCGCCCUCUGCUUCCACGCCGUCUUUGAAGGGCUUGCCGUGGGCCUCGCCACUACGGUCUAUGAUGUCUGGCAAAUGGCCUCCUCCAUUGCCGUCAAUGAGGGCCGCCACGUCAGACAGCCAAGCGACGACGGCGACGCGACACGUGGCACCGUCGUGUCCGUCCAGCUCGGAUGUCAUCAGAUCCGGACUCGGUCCAAGGCAGGUCCGUCGCCCAAGUGGCUGCAGGACUUCAAGCUUCCUGUGGAGGCCGCGCUGCUCUUCUUGUGCCACCAGCACGGCCCCGCGAAGCAGCACGACCCCGUGAAGCAGCAGCAGCAGCAGCAGCAGGAUGGGAAGAGCCAUGAGCACGAGCAGCAACAGGAGGGGAAGCAUGAGCAGCAGAAGAAGGCAACGAAUGAAGACCCCGCAAGCGGUGGUCCAUCUCUCAUUGUGAGCCAUCCCCUUCCCCUUAUUGUCCUCCCUUCCCUCCGACUCUUCAUCCUCUCUCCCACCUUCCAUGCUUCUUCACUCCCCAUCGUUCCCGUUUAA